AUGAUCUACAGAGCUUUAAUCAGAUCAAAAACAGACUAUGGCUCAAUAUUAUUCAACAAUGCUAACACCUCCCACUUAAAUAUGAUUCAAACCAAACUCAAUACUGCCAUAAGAUUAUCAAUCGGGGGAUUUAAAUCCAGCCCAAUUGAGAGCAUUAGAAACAUCGCCAACGAAAUUUCCCCUAAACUCAGAAGGGAAAAACUACUUCUAUUGCAUUGCGCCAGAACCAAAAGAAAUACAAACAACCCAGCAACCAAAAUAAUAAACACAUAUAUACAAGAAGCUGAAAAAGAAAAUAUAAAAAUAAACAACAUUCUAGAUAGAAAACCCUAUAACUUUCCCCCAUGGAACACGACAUUCAACGUCAACCUCUCACUAACAAAUUUCAAAAAAGAAAACACAAUUCCCUCCAUAUAUAAAAACAUGCUUCAAAAUAUACUGCAAGAGCAUCCAAACAGUGUACAAAUUUAUACUGAUGCCUCCAAAACCAACAACGGAGUCGGGGUUGCAAUGAUAGUAAAUAAUCAAAAAAUAACAUAUAAACUUCCUCCCCAAGCCUCAAUAUUUACAGCAGAAGCGAUUGCAAUAUACAAAGCAGCCAAAUAUUUCCACUCAGAAUGCGUAAGCCCCGAAACUAAAUGCAUAAUUCUUAGCGACUCACUAAGCAAUCUAAUAGCAAUCACAAAUACAAGUAACCCGCCCGAUACCACAAAGCUCAUCCAAGAAGAAACCUUCCAGGCUGGCAAAAAAGGGAAACAAAUCCUAUUUGUAUGGAUUCCUGGACAUAGUGGUAUACUGGGAAACGAAAUAGCGGAUAAAGAAGCUCAUAACGCAAUAGACUCAACAUCAACCACAAAUAUAAAUUCCAUCACAUUCGACGACGCGAAAAUCGUAAUCAACACUUACAUAAACAAUAAAUGCCACUCCCACUGGCGACAACUUAACACUAAACUCAAUCAAAUUAAAAAUAACACCAACCUAUGGAAAAAUUCCGGACUUAGUAGAAAAGAUGAAACCACAAUCAACAGACUUCGAAUAGGACACACACAUCUAACGCACAGCUACUUGAUGAGCAACGACGAACCUCCAUUAUGCGACACAUGCAGAGUCCCCCUAACGGUAAAACAUAUCAUCACCGAAUGCCAUAAAUACAACCAGUACCGCGAUCAAUUCCACAUCUCCGAACAAAUCUGUCAAGCACUUGGACCAAACCCACAGGAUACUAACAACUUAAUUUUAUUCCUUAAAAAAUCAGAAUUGUAUAACUUAAUUUAA